AAUACGCUGCUUCUGUUGUGUGUUUUUUGUUUUGGUUUUAAAGUUUAUUAUUUUUUUGUGAAAGAGUUUUAAAUAAUCCUUAACUUCUAUUUAAAGUUAGAUUUAAAAAAAAAAUAAAUAUGAAAUUAAUAAUUUUACAAGUUGCACUUUUGUGUGCUGUAGCUUAUGUUGCAAGUGUUCCAUUAGAUGCAGAUAGUAGCGAAAAAUCAUCAGAAGGAGCGGAAUUUGUUUUGCCAUCGGGAAUUCCAACUUGCAGUGCAGAUGAAGAAAAGUUAAAUGAGUGUCUCAAGGAUGUUUUCCAACAAAUGCUUCCUAAAUUACACCAUGGAAAUAAAGAACUAAAAAUUCCACCAAUUGAUCCAUUUGCAUUACAAAAUACUAAAUACGAUUAUUCCAAUGGAAUUCUCUCCGGACGUGUUGGCUUAAAAGAUACCAAAGUUUAUGGAUUAAGUCGUUCAGAAGUUAAAGAUGUUAAUUUCAAACUUACCGAAGAUGGAACUCAUAUGGAAAUUAAUAUAUUUACACCAAGAAUUUAUGUUGAAGGAAAUUACAAGGCUGACAUGAAAAUUAAUGAUGUUCGAAUGAAUCCAAAGGGAUACUUUAAUGUUACAAUGUCUGGUUUAAAUAUCUCUGAAACAAUGGAUGGUAAAUUUGAAGUUAAAAAUGGCCAGCGUUUCUUGCGAAUGACUAAUUUCGACAUGGAUGUCGAUAUUGAAGAUAUGAAAAUCUAUGCUAAUGGAUUAUUCCCAGAUCCAACAUUGAAUGCUAUUGUUUUGGAUUUCAUCAAUCAGUACUGGCGUGAAAUCUACAAAGUUAUUAUUCCCGAAACCCGAUCCUAUUGGGAACCACUUGCUUUAAGUGCAAUGAAUGAAUUCAUGUUGAAUGUUCCAUUCGAUAAGCUUAUUACCAAAACCAAAAAUUAGAUUUUAAUUUAUUUUGUAUUCUUAGGUGUUUUGUUUUUAUAAAAUUAAAAAAUUUA